AUGAGAUCGUACAUUCACAACGUCAAAACAGUGAUUGCGGUCGUUGGUCUGGCCCACAGUUUCUUUGUAGCUGCGGUGCCGAACGAUAGCAUGAUAUACAGCUUCUCGGAAUUGACUGCCAGUUCAGUGCUUGCCUGGACAUCCUGUUACGAGAACUUCACUUGCGCUCUUCUGGAAGUUCCACUCGACUACGCGGUACCAUCCCUCGGUACUCUCAACGUAGCUAUCAUCAAGAAGCCAGGCCCAACCCACGAUGCACAAGAAGUUCUUGUCAAUCCCGGAGGGCCUGGUGGCUCUUCCGUCGCUAUGGUACUUUCAGAUCACGCCGCUAUCGAGGCCAAAAUCGGCACCAAUUACUCCCUAGUCGGAAUCGAUCCUCGCGGUGUCAACAACAGCGAGCCAACAAGCGACUGCUUCGUAGGGUACCCCUUCCAAACCCGCAAUGCCUUUCUCUCGGAUGCAUUGGGCCUCGCGGAUGUGACAUCGGAGGCAGUAUUGAAGCGACAGCAUCAGUCAGCGUUGGCGUAUGGCAAGUGGUGUACAGGAAUGUACUCCGUGAAUGGCACUGCAAGAUAUGCCAACACGGUGGCCACAGCUCAAGAUAUGCUUCGCUACAUCGAGCUUCGUGCACAAGAUCGUGGGCAGCCCUCACAAGAUGCAAGAUUGUGGUACUAUGGCAUUAGCUAUGGAUCGAUUCUUGGUGCCACCUAUGCCAGUCUCUAUCCUAGCCGUAUUGGUCGUAUGAUCAUCGACGGCGUGCUCGAUCUGGAAGACUACUAUGAUGGCGGUUGGGAGGCAGCCAUCGAUGACACCGAUAAAGCCGUUAGCUACUUCUUCAAGUACUGCUUCGAAGCUGGACCAGCUUUGUGCUUGUUUCACCAGAACGCCACCUCUUGGCAGCAACUCGAAAAACGCUACCAUAGCCUCCUGAGCGAUCUCAUGUCGUCACCCAUUGGUUUAGGCGACCCGACCUCGAAUACGUCGAUCCUCUUUGCACAAACACAGGGCGUGCUCCUCUCACCCUACGUGCUCACCUGGACCGAUAUUGUCAGCCAGAUGUUCGCAUCCGUGUACCUGAUCAGUCCGAUCUAUGUUUACGUUAUGGACCUCGUCCUCGUUGCGCUGCAAACACAGGACGUGGAGUCGCUCGCUGCCAUAACAGAGAAAAGUCAGAUCAGUACCUUUCGCCCUCAAUACGACGACCGCAUGGCACGGACACUAGUCUCUUGUGUCGAUACCGACGGUCGGUCUGACAAAUACAGUGAUUUUGGAGAAUACAAGAAGUUUGUCAACUACAUGUAUAACCGAAGCAACUCUGGUGGACUUAGUGUGGCUGCUAUCAAUGGGCCGAUUUGCAGCAGGCUGGACGUGCGGCCGCCUGUCAGUCAAAAGUUUGACGGAAUACCACGAGUGAAUGGUACAAGCGCGCCGAUACUAUUUGUGAGCUCUAUCGCCGAUCCCAUUACCCCUCUUUCAUCGGCGAAGAAGAUGCAUGGCCUAUUCCCUGGCUCCGGGCUUCUCACUUUUAACAACAGCGGUUUUUUACAACUUGGACAACUCGAUGCUGACUGGCAGUUGCAGCAUACAGCACACUUUCAGAAUGUGACAUGCGUUUCUGACCCCUCACCGAACAUGGCCGACACCCUUUCUCUCGACGAGAUGCCCACCCUGACGUUGCUAUACAAGCUCAAGAAGAUCGAACCCCGCGACGACCAUGACACGUCCAAACUUGAAGCAUCCGAUGCGCUGAACAACAAGAUCAGCGUCAUACGGCAAGACAUCACAACCCUCGCCGUCGACGCCAUCGUCAACGCCGCCAACACUUCAUUGCUGGGCGGCGGAGGCGUUGAUGGCGCCAUCCAUCGCGCAGCCGGGCGGGGCCUGCUGGACGAGUGCAAAACACUCGACGGUUGUGAGACGGGCAGCGCCAAGGUGACAGACGGCUACGAGUUGCCCAGCAACAAAGUAAUCCACGCUGUUGGUCCGAUAUACUGGAAAGAAGGCGCGGCGCGCUCAGCAGAACUCCUAUCAGGCUGCUACCGCGCCAGCUUAGACUUGGCAGUUGCGAACGGGUGUAGGAGCAUCGCCUUUGCGGCUUUGAGCACUGGUGUGUACGGCUACCCGAGCGGUGAAGCCAGUCUGGUCGCGCUCGAGACAGUCCGCAAGUUUCUUGACGACGAGGCCAAGGCAGACAAGCUUGACCGUGUCAUCUUUUGCAACUUCCUCCAAAAGGACGAGGACGCCUACUUCAAGAACAUCCCUAAUUUCUUCCCGCCCAUUGCCUCCGACUCCAAGACGCAAGAGGAACAGUCUACCGAGCCGUCCGAACUCGCAUCGCAGCUUCCCGACGCCCCAACGGCCGAGCCACAAGAUACCGAAGAUGUCCAGCAGCCAUCCUCCAAGAAGCAGAAGACGUCCGAUACCGACGAUGACUUUGUCGUUGUAGAGAAGGAGCAUGUCCACGAUGACAAGUCCAAGCCUGAGCUCUGA